AUGGAGAUGGAGAGCAACCUUAUGAUGAAGAAUCAGAAGCUGGAAGCCUUUGAUAUUCUCAGAAAAGCUCUUGUAAUCUCUGCCAGAAACACCAACUUCUUCAUCUUCACAAUUCUCACCUCCCUUCCUCUCUUCUGUUUCUUGGUUUACUAUGAAUCUGUUCUCCAAAAAUUCCUAGUUCAAAUCUCAGAAAUUCUAAAACAACCCCUUGAUGACCUCGACUAUGUUUGGAUCAUGCCAUUUGAUACAACCAGAAAAAUGAACAAAGAGUAUACUGAUGGGUUCAUUCAUCUGGGUCUUCUCUAUCUGAUGCCUCUCCAUCUCCUAGAGCUCAGCACCGUGCUCGUGGUUGUUGAUUUGGCAUCAAAGAUAUACACAGAAGGGAGACCAUUGAUGACUCUCAAGGAAAUGCUACAUAUACCCUUAGACAAAACAAGACUGAAGGGCACUUUUAUAACAUCUCUUUAUAUUCUUGUCUUAUCAACUUGUGCUUUACUUGGAUUGAUAUGGUUAGCAACAACAUACUUUGUUGUAUUCAAAGACACAAUGUAUGAUUUGUUCUUUGCUAUAUGGUGUGGGCCAUCAUUUGCAGCACUCCUAACAAUUUAUUUGGCAUGGAGUGCUGUGUGGAAUGGGAGUCUUGUGAUUUCAGUGUUGGAGGGGACAUAUGGCAUCAAGGCAUUUGCUCUAGCAAUAUAUUUUAGCAGUGGGAGUGAGUGGAGAGGGAUUCUUUUGAUGCUUAUGUUCUUUGCUUGGGAAGUAAGUUUAAGGUUGCCUUGCAUCUACAUCGGCUGCUAUGGAAGAGGGAUUAAUUGUAUUGGUGUUGUUGCUCAGAUUAGCUUGUUCUGCUUUGGGAAUGUGGUGAAAUGGGUCGCCUGCACGAUAUAUUUCUGCGAUUGCAAGAACCGGGCUUUAGAGAAGAGGUUGAUGAUGAAGGGUACGACAGGUGAAAGCCGUGGAUGA